AUGGCGGCGGUGGCGGCGGCGGCGGUGGAAAGCCUCCCCCAAGAACUCCUCACCAGUAUCUUUCUCUUACUCUCAUGCAUCGCCGACCGCGUCAGGUUCUCCGCCGUCUGCAAACACUGGCGCCGCGUCGCUCUCCAGAAGCCGCCCCCGCUUCCCUGGCUCCUCAUGCCCACUACCGGCCUGAUCUCCUGCUACCGGAUGUUCGGCGGUUUCACCGGUCCGCAGCCAUCCUUCGCCAUCGACGCCCGGGGAGGGCGCUUCUUGGGCUCCUUCCCGGGCGGCUGGUUCAUCGUCGCGCUCCAGCGUUGGCGCGGACACGCCCUGCUCAACCUCCUCUCGGGGGAGAGCGUGCCGCUCCCGGACAUCGCGUAUUUUUGUGGCGAAAUGGAUGUCCCCGUAGACAUCCGCGCCGCCACCAUCUCCGCAGCUCCUUCUGCCGGCGGCGGCUCUGGCGCGUGCGUCGUCGGCGCCAUAACGUCCGUGCAUGGUAUUACCGGUGUAGCCUUCUGGCGUCCGGGGAUGGACCGCUGGUCGCCGCCGGCUAAGGGGUAUGGUGUGUUCGACGCUGAAGACCUGACGUACUACGACGGGUGGUUCUGCGUUCUCACCAGCAGGGAGAGGCUAGUCUGGUACAAGCCGGAAACGUACGCAGACGGCGUCGUGCUCCCGCUCAAGGUCGAGACUCAGCACGAGUUCCGUGAUUACAACAUGACCCCGUCGCCGUCGGUACUCGGGGAGCCCGUCGCCCUCUACCUCUUGCCGUGCGCCUCCGGCGCGGAUCUGCUAAUGGUGAGGAGGACGAGGUUCAGGUUCAGCUACCCACACCCAGACAAGACGGUGUUCGAGGUCUUCAGGCUACAAGAACAGGAAGAAGGACCAGCUUCCUGGUGCCCUUACCGCAUGAACGGACAGGUGAUCUUCGUCAGGCAAGGCGGCUCCAAGGCCUUCGACACGGGACUCGACCACUCCGGCUACAUCUACUUCCUCGACGACAUCAACCAUGGCGGUCCGACGAGCUUUUUCCUGCCGUUGACCAAGUACCGCUGCGUCGACUCCGGCUCUUACUGUUGCUCCACCGACGCAGAGUCAAGGGUGGAAUCAAGCGCUGCUUGCCGCAGGAGCCCUCGUCGUCGGACUGCUCGCAGUGGAUUUGGUACUUCCAUUGAGCUAGCCAGGUUCGGUUUCUUGGUUUCUAGCUUAAUUCGAUUCCGGCCUAGUGCUGAUUCCAAUCAUAUCAUCCAUCAGUUUAAUUAG